ACGCGCGCAGCCACGACAGUAUCAACACACAAACAUCAAUGGAGGGUUUGCGCUUACACCGAUCGCAUUCAUAACGCACACGCAUUCAUAAUGCACACAACGCGCUGACAAAAGCGCGUUGCAAAAGGACGCGCGCGCACCGCUCGGUAGGACUCAAACGAGUGAGGAGGAGCAGACAGCAAAGUGCGCCUAAGGUGAGCAAAGUUGCUCCUCAACGGAUCAGGUUAGGGUUCCAGUCAACAAGUGCUUUGCGUCGAGAAGCUAGAGAAGUCGGUUGAAAAAAGAAGACUUUUUGGGCGCGCGCACGCCGCUAUUUUGCGCUCAGGGAGGGACACUGCGCCCUUUGACGAGGAAGAGGAGAAGGAGGAGGUGGAGGAAGAGGAGGCUGCACGGUGGUGUGCGCGAUGACGAGAUGCUGUUGUGGACUUGCAGGGCAGCCAAGUGGACUUGAGUGGACCGUGGCUGCGAAAACACUUUCUCCGAGUGCCGCCCCGACUCCAGGCCAAACCUGCACCCAACCUUCAUUCUGUCCAUGCCGACCGACACCCUCGACUGACUCCGCCGGGCCCUCGGAGGCUGACAAGACUGACUGCAUGCAUCAUAGCAAGCUGCUGAAGCAAUCAUCAGUGAAGUGCACCUUCAGCAUACACAGAAGAACUAUUCUAGCGACCGGCGGGAGACUUUUCGCCUUGGACUGGCCAUCAAAGCCGUGAAUAGAGUGGACUACUUUUAACAGUGAGGCAGUAGUUGAAAGGAAAGGAAUUCAAAAUAACAUUUUGUGCGAGGCAUCAAAAAAGAAUCUGGACAUGACCGAACUGAAUUGAAACUCCUUCAAGAGGAUUUUUCAGGACACUUAUCGUUGCUUAGCUCGCAAAGUAAAACCAGAGGACAACUUGAAAAGGGUGUGUGGUCCAACACAAUUUUGUUUUUGCAUGACCCACAGCUAACGCAAACAUCCUGGAAUGUCUUUGACUUCUGAGAAGGACACUCGUGCCUAACACUGAUCUUGGGAUUGUCUGGCCAAACUGUCAUCUUUUGGUGUUAGAGGAGUGUUUUCUGAAUUAGGCCUCUGGACGCUUGGUGAAGAUGACUUGAGUUGGCAGGCCUAACAACCCUCUUAUUCAAAGAUACAGUGAGAGAGCCUGGCAGUAAAAAAACACAGCACACAAAUGUGGUGGCCCUAAGCCAUGCUGGUGUUGCUACUGGAGCCCUGCAGUAAAGACUAUCAUUAUCCCUAUCAUCAUUUGUCCACGCUGAGGAACAGCCCAUUUCCCCAAGGAACGAAACUAUACAUCUAAACAACCCCAGGAAGACGGAGCGCAGAGACCGACAGUGACAUCCUCAGUCGCUCAAAAAAACUCCUUUCAACCAUUUCCUCAACGAGAAACGCGACUGCGGCAGAAGUGAAAGGCACAGACUGAACAGGAGCUGGGCACCAACAUGGCAACUGAAAGUCUUGCGGAGCUUCGCGAUUGGCUCUUCCUGCUCCUGCUAUGCCUCACCUUAUUGGCUGAGGUGCUGGAACUGGCAGCAGCCGCAAUCGCCUUGGAGACGGGUGAGGGAGAGGAAGGAAUUGUCUGUCCCUCAGUCUGCCGUUGCGAUGAGGGUUUUGUCUACUGCAACGACCGCGGACUCAGUCUAAUUCCUCCUCUACCGUUGACGGCUGCCAUCCUCUACCUGCAAAGCAACCGACUGAGUAAUGCCGGCCUGCCUCCGUCACUGGAGCGCAGCACUUCCAUACGAGUGAUUUACCUGUAUGCUAACCAGUUGGAUGAAUUCCCUAUACACCUUCCACCUUCAUUACGAGAGCUGCAUUUGCAGGAUAACAACAUACGAACGUUACCCCGAUCAUCUUUGGCCAAGUUACCACUACUGGAGCGUCUACACUUGGAUGAUAAUUCAAUAUCUACAGUUAGCAUACAGGAGCGCGCUUUCUCUGGGACUCCACGGCUCAGACUGCUGUUUCUCUCUCGGAACCACUUGUCCAGCAUCCCUGCGGGAUUGCCUGCGUCCUUGGAGGAGCUGCGAUUAGACGACAACCGAAUCAACACCAUUCCCACACAUGCCUUCCGAGGGCUCUCCUCCUUACGUCGCUUGGUCCUGGACGGGAACCUGCUAGCCAACACACGCAUUGCAGAUGACACCUUUUCCCGCCUUUCCAAUCUGACAGAGCUAUCACUAGUCCGAAAUGCCAUGCAGUCUCCACCGGUCAACCUCCCGUCAUCUCAUCUCGUUCGACUCCAUUUACAGGACAACGGGAUGACUCACAUACCGCGAGGGGCUCUGGACGGAAUGCGACGGCUCCAGAAGCUAGACCUAUCGGGAAACAAUCUGACCAGUCUCCCUCGGGGGCUUUUUAAGGACACAGAUAGUUUGGAGUUGCUGCUGCUACGAGGAAACCCCUGGUACUGUAGUUGCAGCCUUCGCUGGCUCCAUGCAUGGCUUCAUAGCUGGGGCUCUGCUGUAACAGUCAGGGGUUUGACCUGUCAGGGACCUGAGGCAGUGAAGGGCCAGUCUCUUAAAGACCUUACCGAUCUAAUGGAGCAGUGUGAAGGACCUCCAGCUGGUCCGGCCACUGGUGUUGGGGUCAACCCAUCAGAAAAGAACGGAGGAGGUGAUGACAGCGUUGGAGGGGACGGGCAAGCUGUGGGCUCAGUUCCCCAUGCCAGCACCACCACUAACUCUUUGUUGGUCCCCACGCAAGGUUCCCUCUUCACACUCCGAGCUAAGCGGCCGGGCCUAGUUAUGCCUCUGCCUGCAGGGGGAGAGGGGCAUGUAACCGGAGGAGCCCUGGAGUUGACCGUGAAAGCUCUAUCUGCGGACAGCGUUCUGGUCAGCUGGUUGUGCCCACAGCCGGCGCCCUCAUUCCGUUUGUCAUGGCUGAGGUUAGGUACCAGUGCGGCACUCGGUUCCAUCACAGAGACUCUUGUUCCCGGAGAGAGAAGGCAGUACCAUCUUACCCAACUCACACCGCGUUCGCAUUACCUCAUUUGCCUGCUGCCAUUACGACAGGAGACCUUUCUCGGCUCCAACAUGGGGACGGCUCGCGUUGGCAGCGUUGAAACGAACAAUAAAGAUUCUACUCCAGCCUGUGCUCAGAUAGAAACUGGAGAGGCCGUGGUGAACUCCAGGGGAGAGGGGUCGGAUAAGGACACACAAGACUCUGAGCUAUCAGCCUUGCCAUUGGCAGGGAUCAUUGGGGGAGCCACGGCGUUAGUAAGCCUACUACUCAUCUUUGGUAUUUUUUGCUGGUAUGGACAAAGAACAAGUUACAAGUCAGGGGACUCUCAUUCAUACAACAGAGGCCGAGGAGCAAAAAAUUACGAUGACUAUGUAGAGUCGGGCACCAAGAAAGACAAUUCUAUCUUAGAGAUCAGAGCCCCUCCAGCAGGGUUUCAGAUGACAGCCAUGGCUCACCAGCCACUGCAGCCCAAGCUGGAGGACGUCACCUACAUCCACACCAUAUUCCCCUCUUCUUCUUCUUCUUCUUCCCAUGCAAACGGGACGUACAGGAGCAACCACAGAGCCGGCAGCCUCAAUGGCACCAUUCUUAGCCAAACCAGCCAACAUCAUGUCACUUAUGGUACCAACCGUGGCUACAGAGAGGGCGGUAUCCCCGACAUAGAUUAUGCCUACACGUGAUGAAACAGGGCCGCACUCCCUGAGCCUUGAAUGCCUGGCGCCAUUUUACGAUGACGACCCUGUGGCCACUGGCCAUCUCUUGUCCUUGGUUUCCAAAGUACCCUUUGUGCCUCAGCUGGUUCAAGUCUGAUAUGUUUGCUAAGUAGAAGAGACCGUUUUCAGCCAUGUGGAUUUGGAUAUUGCUAUUGCGUGACAGAAGUAAUUGUCCUGCUAUACUGUACUCUACUACUGUAGCACAUUACAGUAGGCCCUUCUUUCAGUGCUAUUUAUAUAUGGUUGGAUUUCUCUCUUUUGGCUAUCUCUGUGUCUUUCAAAACUGCUGUUCUUCAUACACAGUAACUUAUUUGAGGUUGAUAUACUAGGCUUAGCUGAUGUAGAAGGAGAUAUAUUUAUACUACCCAGGACAGCCAAUUAAUGUGUAUAUAGACAGCUCCCACAUCUUCCGAUCAACCGUAUGCUCUUUGCUGUGUCAAUGACGGGAUGACAGAGGAAGAAGUUGAUGGCUGUUAUAAUCCACUGAAGACAGUAAAUUGUGGUUGACAUGAAAAUACUUGUUCCAAGCGCCCCCUCCUUUACCCUGUAUUACUUCACCCAAUUUAAUUGUUCCUCCUUCCUGCCUCUUUGUUUUUAUCCGAGGCGCUUUCAUUUCUCUCAUGUCUUUUGUGGUGCCGUGAGUAGAGGACGACUUUGUUCUCGCCAAAGGAGCUGACAGCAGUGAUAACAGUUCUGACAAAGACAUGAGACACAAACCACCACAUGGGUAGACUAAUGAGUGGGGGAGAGAGAGCGAGAGGAGAGGGAGAGAGCCAUUGUGAUGGAUUGAUAGAUGUUUGGAUGGAAAGAGCAAACAUGAGGAAGAAGAGAGAGUGAAGGCUGCUGUUUUAGGAAUGCGAUUGAAAGAAUUGUGUUGGUUUAAGUAGGAGCAGGAACAAUAUAGAGAAAGGAGACAAGUUAAAAAGAUUCUGGAACAACGCAAGUGUAGUUAAAACAUGGCUAGACAUCUGGAGAAAGGUGACAUGCAUCAGAACCUCACCCCAUCAAUUUGACUACUGCACACCAAAAAGUCAAGUUCCCCAAAUUAUUUGGAGGACAAUUCGUUUCAGUUCACAGUGGACUUCUUCUUACUAGUAUGAAAUGAAAUGCUAAAUAGAUAUUUUCAAGGACAUGACAUUAUAGUAUAUGGUAAAAUAACCAACAUGUGAAGAAAGGUUAUUUUGUCUUCCAUUCUGAAAAUGAGGAAGAAACAUAGCAGCAGUCUAAUUUUUAUGAUUUCUCAAUAUUAACUCAUUCUCACUAAUGAUGAAAAAAGAAACCAACUCCUGCAUCUGAGAACCUUAAUUUAGUAACUCAAAUUAGCCGACUGAGACUGGUUUAAAUAACGGCAACAUUUUAUGGCCUCAUAAUAUUUUGACGGAAAUGGAAACUACAGUGUUCUAAUUACAAUGCCAAAAAUGACUCUAACAUUAUAAUGAACCGUAACGUCAAAAACUAAAUUACAGUGUAUUUAUACUGCCAUAGACAAAUGUCAAAUUAAAUCAAAUUCUGGGUACAUUUAUGGAUAAAAACAGUUAUACGGCCAUACAAAAAUUCAAUUUUUUAUCUGUUACAUUCAAUCUCACAACUGACAAUUGUUCAAAAUGGGACAAAGUAGUAUGAGGGCCACACUGAAAAUAAAAACAAACUAUAAUUGGAAGGUAAACGUUAACUAGUUAUCAGUUAACAUUUGUAAUAUUUUUUAACCUGUUGAAAUCACCCUCAUUAGAAGAUUUUUUUUAAAACAAUGACAACAAUCUCGUAGAAGACCUUUGAAUUAUUUUUUGUAGGGAUGUUUGAUACCUCUUUUUUUUUUCAGACCGAUACCAGUAUGAGUAUUCACUUUUUGAAUACUCACUGAUACCAAGUACCAUUACCUCACCUAUUUUUUUUAUAGCUAUACAAUUUCCUUCAACACAAUGACGGCAAAAAUAUAGACAAAAACCUUUCUGAAGCAAAUGAUGAUUCGCCGAUAUAGCAGCAUAGUGCCCACUACAGCGGUGGAAGACUAAAUAACUUAAGUAUACGUAACCCAAUACCAUUAUCGGCCCUUAUCAUCGGUACCCUCUCCUCUACAUUUCUGUGUGGUCCUACAACUCCUUUGCGCAAAAGCAAAAUUGAAAAGGUUCCACAAUUGCAUAUGAUCUGAUGCAUGUGUCCAUUCUAAAUAAAACAACUUUAUAACACUUGCUUAAGAUGUAAUAUAAUAUAGAUAAAUAUUAAACAAUUGCUGAUUGUUUUGACCGAGCGGAUAUUUCAGUUGCCAUCUUGUGUGAUAUAAACUAGCUGGAAAGAUGCAGUUGACUCAGGGUCUAUCGUCCAGUUUCGGUAGCCUUUAUGCAGCAAAGACACACAAAGGGAUGUUUUGAUAACAGGGACAACAGGCUGACCGCCACACUGUGCACUUCAACAUACACCACAAGACAACUGGGAGGUCACCAACUGCUUUCCAAAUGCCCCCGGCGGUAUAUUCUAAGGGAGGAGGAACAGUUGACUAGAGAUAUUGGCAAAGCUACUGUGUUGUUUUAAUUUAUUUUUUUAAUGUCUGCACUUGUUUUGAGGUUUUUGUUUAAUAGCACUGAGGCUACCUUUCACUCUGUAGAAAUCUUUAUUCCUUGAGAAAAAAAAAAUGUCACCCUCAGAUGUGAUGAUGAGAACGCUGUUAUGUAUAAAAAUGGGUGCAGAAUUUUACUCCAGUUAUUGGUCUGUUGUCUUCUUUUCUACAUGAAUGAAUAAAGGCUGAAUAAAGAGA